AAUUGGUGACCCCAUUAACGAGAAUGGACGGACCAUGGAGGUUUAGCUUUCUGUGCGGCGUCGCCUCUUCGCUGUGCUGAAUUGCAAACUAUGGCUGCUCCGCUGCUCUUCAGGGUAGCGCCGCUUCUCCGGCUGCGGUUCUACCACCACCAGCAAAGCCGUGGCCUCUGCUUCGGUCUCCUUAAUCGCCGACUGUUUUGCGCUUCUACCGAGCCUUCUCAGACACCAGAGGACUCGUCUUCUGCGGGCCAGAACCCGGACACCACCGUGCUCAGGGUGAACGAGCCGCCUCGGUUCCCCAGGUGGUCGGAACUAGAUUACCAGAAAUGGAAAGAAAAAGAAGCUGAGAUUCUGCAAGACAUCAAGCCCGUCAUUUCCCUCGUCAAAGAUAUCAUUCACUCUACUAGGUAUUUGGAUGGAGAACGUCUUACAGCUGAAGAUGAAAAAAUUGUGGUAGAGAAGCUUCUUGCUCAUCACCCUCAUUGUGAAGAUAAAAUUGGCUGUGGCCUUGAUUCAAUUAUGGUUGAUCGUCAUCCCCAAUUCAGACAGUCGAGGUGCCUCUUUGUGGUGAGAACAGACGGGGGAUGGAUAGAUUUCUCCUACCACAAGUGUCUGAGACGGUAUGUUCGCGAUAGGUAUCCAUCCUUUGCCGAAAUAUUUAUUAGAAAACAUUUGAAAAUGGGGAGUUAACUCUUGUCAUCUCGAUCACCAAGAAGCUGUAACUCACUGGCACCUGCAUUCGUAUUGGUUUGGCAUGCAUUUUUGUAGCAUCAUUUGAGCCACACAUAGCCCUGUAAUGCGCUUGGUCAAGAGGCGGUAGAUAUACAUGCUGCAGACUGCCAGACCAUCGCCUUCACGGUGGUUUAAUUGGCGGGACAAUGUAAAAUGAAUGUAGUAAAUGUUAAUUAGUUGAGAUGUUGACUGUCCCCAUCUCCCGGCGAAUAGUUGCGUUGCAUUUAUUCUGCCGGGUCAUGGCUCAAGUAAAAUUCUGGCAAUGACAUGAUUAGAUUAGGUGGGUUGAUGAUAUUUGAGUUGGAAGUUGAUGAACACAACACAGGACAUAAAUACAUAAUAGUUAUCCACAAGUUA